AUGAUUUACGAGUCCCGCAUUUACAAGGCCGUCCCCGGCAGGCUGCCCGACGUCAACGCCCGUUUCGCCAAUCACACUGUUGGCUUCUUCAAGCAGUAUGAGAUCGGGAUGAUGGGCUUCUGGACCGACGAAAUCGGUACCAGCAAUCAGCUCACCUACAUCCUGAACUUCGACAGCGUGACCGACCGCGCCGAGAAGUGGGCCGCCUUCCAGGCCGACAAGGCCUGGGCCGAAGUUCGCGCCGAGACCGAGUCCAGCGGCCCCAUCGUGGCUCGGGUGCUCAACUCCCUGAUGUCCCCCACGCCCUAUUCGCCCGUGCCCAAGUUCAAGACAGCAGUGCAGGAACUCCGCAUCUAUGACGCCAUGCCCGGCAAGCUGCCCGACCUGCACAACCGCUUCAAGAACCACACCAUGGGUCUGUUCGAAAAGCACGGCAUCGAGAACGUGGCCUACUGGACCGAGGACAUUGGCACCAGCAACCGCCUCGUCUACAUGCUGGGCUACCCCGAUCUCGGCGCCCGCGAAAAGAGUUGGACCGCCUUCCAGAACGAUCCCGACUGGCAGAAGGCCCGCGCCGCCUCCGAGGAAAACGGCUCGCUGGUCCGCGUGUCGACCCACUCAAUCCUCCGUCCGACCCCCUACUCCCCGCGCUAG